UGUAAUUAUAUUACAAUCAUAUAUUUACAGUAAUUAUCAUCGUAAUUAAAAAUUAAUAAUAAUAAUAAACGCAGAAUCUAGUCACGAAGACAAAGCCCAUUACGCGAAGCAACCAAGAAGCCACAGCUACAUCUUAUUUUGCAGUUGUUAGUGAGACAAAGCCAAGAUCAGGAUACCCUUUUGUAUCAACACUUGGGAAGAUUCAUCAUGGUGGGUAUUUUCUCGAGGUUUUCCGUGGGCAGAACGGGCCAUCGACGAACUCAGAGCGCUCUUGAUGAAAGAGAAGUUUUGCCUCCAACUCCGGACGUUGCAAGUGCAGCAACUUCAACUACUACUGCUACUCAUGGGAUUGAGGUGGCAGUGGAAUUUAAGCCAGUCGAACACCCUAUCGAACCUAUGGACAAUGAUCAACCCAUUCAGUGUCCACUACCCGAACCCUCAAUUCUCAAUGACGGAAGAAUAUGGAAGGAACGAGUCUCAGCAGGCAUGAGAAGGAGAUCUGACUUGCCAGUUAUGAAGGAAGGAGGGGUCCUUGAAUCUGAAGAUGUUGAGACGAAGCCUCGUCCAAUGCAAUCAAACCGCUUGAUUCUACCAUCUCUGAGUGCUCCUGAACAUAAUUUACUACAUCUACUCGAAGAGUCUGGGAUCUAAAGCCUGGUAUUGAUCCCUGGUGGAAUACAUCUUUGCAUAAUUUCCAUAUAUAUUUCAAUUGUUUUUCUUUUUUUUCAUAUUAUAAAUUCACCCUUUGCAUAUACUCAGUUGGAUUUAUAUAUACAUCUAAAUCAGUCAUAGUAAAAGUAUGUAUAUUUAUAAAUUUAGUAUGAAAAUUUCAGUUCGUACUCGGUUUUUCAACUUUCCCAAUAAUUUUGCAAUGUACCUCUGUAACCCUGCUGUUAAUAUUCUGAGAAAAAAAAUAAUCUGAGUUAUUGUAGAUCUGGGCUGAGCCA